GAUGAGGAGCCUGAAGCUCAGGAAAGAAGCAGAUGAUAUGGCAGCUUUGAGAGCAACCAGGUGGAACUUGCUUUGUCAACGCGACUAAACGUUCGAUUAUGAAAACAAUUUGAUUCAGAGACGGUGUCAUUGCAGCGGCUCGAAAUGAUUUACUUAAUAUUAAUUUCCGCGUUCUCCGGAGCAGUCGUUACGUUGAUAUUACAGUUCUUGCUAAUAUACCGGAGAAGCCCGGAGCCCACAGGCAGGACAGAGCAGUAUGUGAAAGUAGUGCCUGAUAACGCACUGAAGGAUUACUUUAAUACCCAACAUGCCGAACCAGGCCAAGAGCAGCAGGACAGCACAGCAUCUGCUGCAUCUAAACAGCAAGAGGCCGUCUCCACUAAGCAGCAGGAAGCGGCUGUCACCAGCGGCAGCCCCAAACAACAGCUGCCACCGCCUUCUCAAAGCGAGCCUAUUGAUGCGGCCAAGCCCGAAACGUGCAAUUUCCUAAAUGCUAUAUUUUUGUUCUUGUUCAGAGAGCUCCGAGACACCCCCGUCGUUAGACACUGGCUCACCAAAAAGAUUAAGGUGGAAUUUGAGGAGUUGCUGCAGACCAAGACAGCAGGUCGGCUCCUGGAGGGACUCAGUCUAAGGGAUAUUUCCCUGGGCAAUUCUCUGCCGGUCUUUAACACGGCCAAACUUAUGAAACCUGUUCAUUUAAACGAGGACGGCAUGCCCGAGGAGCUCAACUUUGAGGUGGACAUCGAGUACAAUGGCGGCUUCCACCUAGCCAUCGACGUGGAGCUCGUGUUUGGGAAGUCUGCUUACCUGUUCGUUAAGAUGCGGCGCGUGGUGGGUAAGCUGAGGCUGCAGUUCACGCGCAUGCCCUUCUCCCAUUGGUCCUUCUCCUUCCUCGAGGAUCCGCUCGUGGAUUUUGAGGUGAAGUCCCAGUUUGAAGGAAGGCCGCUCCCUCAACUCACCUCCAUUAUAGUCAAUCAGCUCAAGAGAGUCAUCAAGAAGAAGCACACCUUACCCAACUACAAGAUCAGAUAUAAGCCCUUUUUCCCCUUCCAAGUCCAGCCUCCACUGGGAUCAACCUGCGAUUUGGAUCUGUCAGUGAAGGACAGCAGGUUGGUGGAAGGCCGACUGAGAGUCACCCUCAUUGAAUGUAGCAGACUUUUCAUCCUGGGCUCCUACGAUAGAGAAAUUCAUGUUCACUGUACGCUGGAGCUGAGCAGCCACCAGUGGAAGGAGAAGACCCGUAGCUCCAUUAAGCGGACGGAGGUUAUCAAAGGGCCAUGUGGCAGCGUGGGGAUGACGUUCAGGCAUGUUUCUGCUAGUGAAGGAGAUGCAGUGCAUGUCAGCAUCGAGACGGUUACGCCCAACUCCCCUGCAGCCUUGGCAGACUUGCAGAAGGGGGAUCGCCUCAUUGCCAUUGGAGGUGUUAAGGUGACAUCAUCUGUUCAAGUGCCCAAACUGUUGAAGCAGGCUGGAGACAGGGUGGUGGUAUUCUAUGAGAGACCUGUUCGACACCAGACUCCCUCUUCGGGAAGCCUGGGAACUGUGCAAGAAGGAUUUGGACAGCUUGAGGAAACAGGUUUUAUUCCCCAACCAGGAGGCUAUGAAGAAGACCCAGCCCCCAUCACCACCCUUUCUGACAUAUCCGACAGCAAAGACAUGGACUCAGAGUUUGAAGAGUUGGUUGUGGACUCAAAACCUAAUCAGACUGGUGGCACUAAUGGCAACACCACACAUACCAGUGACACCAAGGAGGAUUUCUUGCUUUCAGUAAACCAAAGCCCCAAAAGGACUGUGGCCAACUUAGCCUCUAAACCCCUUGGUACUAUUUCACCCAUCCUAAACCGCAAGUUAAACCUGGUGGGUCUCCAGUCACCACUAAAGCCCCAGCCCAAAGAGUCACCAAAGCCCUCACCACAUAAGACAAGUUCUGAUCCAGGAGAGGGUCUGCAACGCCCUUCUGUCCCUCCCCCACCUCCUCCCUCUCGCCCCCCAGUGCCACCAAGACCUCAGAUAAAAUUAACUUCAGCUGUCUCAGAAACCAGUCUUUUGGAAGUGGUUGAUUCUGUUUCAACUACUUACACUUCUGCUAACCCUAAUACUGCAGAGACUACAACCAUCAGUGCUCCCGAAAAAUCUCCAGAAAAAGUUCCACCCAGCGAGGACAAGGCUGGCACUGAGAGGUUAUCUGUCAGACAGGCUGAGUCAAAGCAAUCUACCAAGCCAACAGAGUCCAGUGAUGAGAAGCUAGCGCCUACCACUGUGACAAGCAGCAGCAAAGUUGAUCAAGCAAAGGACAAAGCUUCAGAAAGUUCCUGCAGCACACGAGACAGUUUAGAAGACCACUCCCUGUGGGAAUCCCCAGAAACCAUGUUUCGUAACCAGACAGGCCGCUGGCCCAAGGCCUCUGUGCUGUUUGAGGUGGAAAGCAACCAUAAGUACCUUAAUGUGGCCCUGUGGUGCAAAGAUCCCUUUAAGCUAGGUAGUUUGUUGUGCCUGGGUCAUGUCAGCCUCCAGCUGGAGCAUGUAGCUUUGGAAUGUAUGUCCACAUCUUCUGCUGAGUACCAGAGCAUCUUUAGAUUAGGGCCACCAGAGCCUAGAGCUAAUGUCAGUCGCACUGCACUGCGUAGUCUUGGCACCCACAAGGGCUUCAAUGAGAAGCUAUGUUAUGGAGAUGUUACUCUAAACUUCUGUUACUUAGCUGAGGGUGAGUUGGAGUGUCCAGGGAGCAUACCAGAAAGGGAGCGAGAAGGGAGCCUCCAUGAUGAUGAUCUAAGGGAGAGAGAUCCCAUUCCCUCAGCACCCCGUGAUGACUUGGCCUAUAGCACUAUUCACGUAGCGGAAGUUCGUCACAACUUCCAGGACACCCAGUUUCAAAACCCUACGUGGUGUGAAUACUGUAAGAAGAAGGUUUGGACGAAGGCAGCCUCUCAGUGUAUGAUCUGCGCCUACGUUUGCCACAAGAAGUGCCAGGACAAGUGCCUCGCUGAAAAUCCUUUCUGUGUGGCUGCAGCUGAACGUCGUGGAGCUGACCCUGAAGCCAAAUCCACCAUAAACCGGGCCACAACUGGCCUAACACGCCAUAUUAUCAAUACCAGCUCCCGACUGCUUAACCUUCGUCAGGUGCCCAAGACCCGGUUUGUUGAGCCAGUGACUGAUGUGGUGCCUGGAGUAGUAGAGCCUUCACCGAAGCACACUCCCAACACAUCUGACAAUGAGAGCAGUGAUACUGAGACCUAUACCAGUGGUGCCAGUCCCUCAAAGCAGCCUGUUGGAAGUGGUGUCAGCAGUAAACUUGUACGUAAGGAGGGUGGCCUGGAUGACAGUGUGUUUAUUGCUGUGAAGGAGAUAGGUCGUGAUCUGUACCGGGGACUGCCCACGGAUGAGCGCUCGCAGAAGCUGGAGUUGAUGCUGGACAAGCUGCAGCAAGAAAUUGACCAAGAGCUGGAGCACAAUAAUACACUUCUGACGGAAGAGAGGGAGGCCCCAGAUGCACGGCGCAAAGCCCUAAUCAGUACCGCCCUAGCCAAAUCUGGGGAGAGGCUCCAAGCCCUCACUCUGCUAAUGAUCCACUACCGUGCCGGCAUUGAAGACCUGGAGUCAGUGGAGAGCACUUCUCCUUCAGAGCAGCAAGGCUUUAAAGGCAACAGAGAAGGCCUGGAGGAAGAAGCUCUGUUGGGGACAGAGGUCUAUGAUGGUGACAUAUGCAGCCCUGUGGAGGUGCAGCUACUGGAUGACAUUACUGAGGAGCAGAUCUGUGUGGAGGCACUCCACUGAAUAAAACUUGCAAAAACAACAUUAAGAAGGAGAACUUGUGCCUCCCAGCAAAAUUAGGUCCAGUUUGUGUUUUUGAGAUUGGAAAUUUUCCACCAUCCAUUUUAGAUAUUGGGGUCCAGUGUUUGAUUUAAAUGUUGUCAUGUGAAAAUGAUUUUCCUCCCCCAGGAUUUACACCAAUCAGACACAACAUUAUGACCACAUCUUAUAAAAAUUCAGUGUUCUUCUGGGAAACCUUUGGAUCUGGCAUUCAUGUGGAUGUUACUUAGACAUGUAGCACCCACCUAGACCAGGCCAGGCACCCCCACCCCAUACCAAUGACACUUCUUGAUGACAGCAGCCAUCCCCAGCAGGAUGCAGUCUGACACAGACACAGUUUAGGGACAGCCCAAAAAAGCAUGAAGCAUCUGGCCUCCAAAUUCACUAGAUCCCAAACUGAUAAAGUAUCUGUGGGAUGAUCCACAGAGGCCCCUCCGCUCAACCCAUAGGACCCAAAGACCCCCACUAACAUCAUCCUGUUGCCAGCCACCACAGGACACUCAGAAGGCCCAUGUCCAUUCUGUGAUGACAACUAUUUUGGAGGAAACAAGGGAAACCUACACAAUAUUAGGUCAUAAUGUUAUGCCUGGUCGGUGUAUGGUAUUGAUGUUUUGAUUUGUACAGUGUAAUCCUGGUUCCAUGCUUUAGGUUCUACAAGGGAAUCUUGAAAGCUACACCAUUACCUGCCCUCAGUAGUGCUUCAUUAUCCUCCAGUUUUGUUGUGUGGCUUCUAAAUGUCACUGCAAGCAUUUCAUUCAGUUUGCUUUUCUGUAUGUAACUGCUUUGACAUAAGGCCUUUAGAAAAUGGGCUAUAUUUCUUGGGUUGUUAGAAUGAAUCGUUUUGAUUUUGAAAAAGGAAAAUAAUUGUUUAGUAUUUGUUGGCUGUGGAAAAAGUGCAUAUAUGACUUAAGCAGGCUAAGCAGACGCAGCCAGCAGUGGCAUAUCACAUAUAUCUGAGGGUUUACAGCAGCUACACAAUUUACAGUGGAACGUAUAUAUAUCAUCUUUUUCAUUUAGUGUGUUUAUUUGGAUAGGAUAAAUGUGUUUAAUUAUGUAACUAAUUUACAACUACAUCUUACAUCUUACAUCUUACACCUUCACCUUUCUUUCUUUGGAGGUGUAAGUUGUAAUUGUCCUGAGUGUUAAUAUUGAAUUAACUCUUAAUUUACCAAUUAUUAUUAUUUAUUAUUAUAAUUAACAAUGUAAAUAUUUUCUCGUGUCUUGCCAAGUCGUGUUUUGUUCAGAAAAUCCCUCCAACAUAAAAAAAACUUUACUAUGACACAUUGGUUUCUGCCAUGCUAGAAAUCACACGAUUUUUAAUUCAGAUCAUUUGCCUUCAGUAGAUGCUUUCGUGUUGUUUUCUCACCCAAAUGAAUGUACUGUUCUUUUCUGUCUAUACACAGCUGCAGCUGUUUGCUACCUUGUAAAACAUCACAUAUUAAUUAAUGUAGCCUGUUAGAGGGGUUCUGUUAUAGUCUGCUUCAGCUCCCAAAAUGCUAUGCUGUUCAUCUGUCUUUUACAACCUUAGAUGGCCACUUUAAAAGAAUUGUUUGUAAACAGGGAACAUUGUUCGCUAGUAUCUCAAGAGGAAAAAUCUACCCUUUACACUGAAAAAUGUCCAAAGAUAUUCUGGUGGCAGUGUCCAAUUCUUUCUAUAUGUUGAUGGGUGUUUUGAUAUACAGUGCCACAGCUCUAGGUUGACGGUUGAUACUCACUGAGAGCUUUCUAAAAAAUUGUUAUGAUCCAUUAGAUUCUAAUCAGUUGGAACUGUGACACAAGAAUACAGGGAAAAUUCAAAAAAACUUUUUCUCAGAAGACAUUAUGACUUGUUACAGUGGGAAAAGCACAGGUGUGUUAAUUGCAGCUGUAUUGCACUUAGAUCUUGUUUUUUGCACUUUGGUUCACUCUGUCUUACUGGGAUGCUCAGUGGAACUACUAUGGUUGUUUUAAGGGAAGACUGAAAACAAUCCAGAAAGACCAGUUGGAAUGAUUGCUGAGAAGCUAAACACUGCUCAAUGGUACUUAUUACAAAAAGAAUUGAAUAAAAAAUCUGAUAACGGUCAUAGGUUUAUGUUGAUAUCAGGUAAAUAGUAGAACUAAUAGACAGAGCUAAUAGAGAUGGAUAAACAGAGCAAACACCAGCUUGUCAGAUGACUCUACAUUGCUUUGCAUCAAGGUUUGGCCACAUCAGCCUCAUAUUGUGUGCUGGCCCCUAAUGCAGCACCUUUUAGAUAAUUUCUAUGGAAAAAGAUGAAUAAAGAUCUCAUUCUAAAAUGUAGGGAUUUCUGAGGUAUCUUGCGACAAGUUUAAGUUUUCCUUGAUUACAAAAACAUACUAAUGGUAGAUUUCCUAAAUAGAAAUAGUGAGCAUCACCCCAACUAUUAAAGAGUUAGAAGAGGUUAGAUUUUUCCUUUCAUGCAGCAUGAAGGGCAUGUUUCCCGUUCUUUCCAGUGUGUCAGAUAUGCUUAUGUAGAUAAUGGCUAACUGGCUGCUAUACUUGUCAGUCUCUUGAUCUCUGUAUAUCCAGAUUUUUUGUGCAAUAUUUUUGUAGGAAAUGGAGCUGAUAAUCAGGAAUGAGUCACCAUGUCUGUGAUUUCUCUUCUUUUUAAAGUGUAUGUUCUGUAUGCCCAUCCUUCUGGUAAUGCAAACUAUGGGUUUUGGGGUACCAAUGAGAACCUUGUGGGAGUUCACUUUAUUCCAUAAAUAUCUCUGUUGGCCUGAGAAGCCCUGCUUUUGCUGCUGCUGUUACAAUGUGCUCUUCAACCCCUCCCCCAACAAACCCUUCGGCUCUGACCUUUGAACCUGCACAUACGUAAUGACUACCCACCACUGCUUUCAGCAGGUCUGGAUGGUGUUUCUUUCUUUGUGUGAGUAUGUGAGGGAUGUUGUACAACAGUUUUUAAGAAAGGCUCAUGUGUUGAAACUUUAUUGUACAUAACCAAAAUAAACAAGAUCAAAUGAA